CUUGCAAGUAUAAAUACGUGAUCACAGCUUCUAAUUGUUGUCUAUCGCCUUUCAUCCUCACUUGUGAUUGUCUAAUUCGAGAAACAACGCGCAAUGGCCACCGCUGAAACCGUCGACCUGGGCCCAGCCCAUCCCCCCAAGGAAGACUCCAUCGUCGCCUUUGAGCAUCUCCUCCCCGAGCUCAAGAGCCAACUCGCCCGCAUGCGCCGUGACUAUCAAAAGCACGAGACCGAGUACUUUGCCGCCGCACAGAAGCUCUCCGACGACGACCUGACGGCCUUCCAAACGUCCGACUUCACCUCGGUCCGCGUCGCCACCACGGCCUACGGCAUCCAUCUCUUUGGCAAGAUCCGCAUACCGGCCCUGGCCGAGAGUGGUGGCCCUGCCUACAUCCACGUGAGGAUCUUCAUUGCCGGAGGCGACGAGCCGCCCAAGCUGCACAGCAUCCACACCGAGGAGAAGGACGACGAGAGUGGCGGCAAGACGUACCGCGCCAUCUUCACAGAGCAGGAUGAGCUGGAGUGGUUUGACACAUAGUCGCGCUGUCGCACAUGUGACGCCUCCCCUUUUUGAAAUUGAAUU